AUGACAUUCAUUUGGUGGUUAUUCUUCUGCUCCUUGAUUUGCGUACAUUUUGAAAAUUCAGUCGCUGCUGCAUCAAAUGCUACUACAGAGGAUUUGUCCAAUACAGAUGUUACUAAAAAUACAACACCAUCCUAUCCUACCAAUUCGUCCACCAGGCCUACAGAUUUUCCUGAAAAUACAACGGCAUUAACCAUACUGAUAAAUACCAUCAUAUUAUCAACAAAUGCAUAUGGAGAGACAACAAGUCGAGAGACAUCAUCAACAACAACUGAAGACACCACAGUGUCCACAACAAGCACAAGUGAAGAGAUUACACCAUCCAAAACAGAUUCUAUGUUAACCAUCGUAUCGGAAUGGAACACCGAAAAAUCUAUUGAGAUUGACAGCAGAUUGUCUGGCGGUGCCAUUGUCGGAAUUGUCAUCGGAUCUGGAAUCUUUUUUUGCUUUAUAGUUAGUAUAGUAUUUAUCAAGCUUAAUACGGUGACCCCAGCAUCGUCACAUAAUAAUGGACACAAUUGA